UACGUGGGGAGCGAGUCGCUUGUUACCAGUGAGGGAUGAGAGAGAUCGCAGGCUGCACGUGAUCGUCGUACUUGUUAAACAGCUUGACCAUUCCCUCCUCCCUCCCCGAAUUCCACCCAUCGUAAGUACGAUUCAUCAGUAGGGUCCAGCUGGCUGGAGAAGAGGAGGUCACAACUGUGCCGAAGGUUGAACGGAGGACGAACCGGGUGCACUCGGUUGUAAGUCGUGUUUUAGUCCUCCUGACGGCUUUCUAUGUCGACCUGUUCCCUUGUGGACUUUUGAUUAUGGUGCGUCGCCUCUUCUACCCAUUGACGCUGUUGCACGUGGUUGCAGCUGUGGCACUUUUCCUUUGCCUAUCGAAAGGUCGAGCGUCACGUCUGUCGCACUGUCCCGCUGAGUGUGAGUGUGUUGGAUUGAUUUUGGAAUGCAGCAACAGAGGGUUGCAAUUUGUGCCAAGGAAUCUCCCUCCCGAAGCUAAGAGAUUGAAUUUGGAAGGGAAUAACAUAAGCAUCAUCAGGAACGAUGAUUUUCAGGGAUUGAAAAAAGUGAAAAUUUUACAAUUAAUGGACAACCAAAUUAACACGAUCGAAAAUGGAGCAUUUCAAGACUUAGUCUCUAUGGAGAGAUUAAGAUUAAAUAACAACGAAUUAAGGAUACUUCCAGACAUGCUACUGAGUACCACACCGAAUCUUCAACGUCUGGAUUUAAGCCAUAAUAAACUUUCGGUAAUCGGAAGGAAGACAUUAAAAGGUGCACCUUUACUAAAAAAUCUGCAAGUUGAUAAUAAUGAAUUGACAUGCAUCGACGAUGCAGCCAUAAAGGGACUAAAAGACAUAGAAAUAUUGACACUAAACAGGAACAAUAUAACGACACUUGGACGAGAUCUGUUCGAGAAUAUGAAGAAACUACGAGUGUUAAGGAUAUCGGAUAACCCUUUCACCUGCGACUGCCACUUAUCCUGGUUGGCAGGAUGGUUAAGGAGGAGCCCACGUCUAGGCCUUUUUUCUCGUUGUUUUAUGCCUUUUUAUCUACGAAACAAGGCCAUAGCCGAACUACACGAAUCAGAUUUUCGUUGUAACGGUGUAGAAGACGUUGCACCUUCUGGAUGUAUCAGAGAGCCGAUGUGUCCUGAUCUGUGUACUUGUUACAAUGGAAUGGUUGACUGCAGGGAUAAGGGACUAACAAGAAUCCCUGAUCACAUCCCUGAUUCUACAACUGAACUGAGAUUGGAACAGAAUCGGAUCACAGAAAUACCAUCCAAAGCAUUCGUACCUUACAAGAGAUUACAGAGAAUAGACCUGAGUAACAAUCAAAUUGUGAAAAUAGCCAGAGAUGUUUUUAAUGGCUUAAAGUCGCUCACUUCUUUGGUCCUGUAUGGCAACAAAAUAGUGGAUCUACCCGAAGGCAUCUUUCGAGGUCUCACCUCACUUCAGUUACUAUUAUUAAACGCAAAUAAAAUAUCCUGCAUAAGAAAAUCAACAUUUGCAGAUCUCCAUAACCUAAAUUUAUUAUCUCUCUACGAUAACAACAUCCAAUCGUUAGCUAAUGGAACUUUCUCAUCCCUUCACAAUAUACAAACUUUGCACCUGGCAAGGAAUCCUUUCAUCUGCGACUGCAACUUGCGGUGGUUGGCCACUUAUUUGCAUUUGAACCCAAUUGAGACGAGUGGAGCGAGAUGCGAGAGCCCAAAAAGGAUGUACAGAAGAAGAAUCAGCCAAAUGAAAGACAAUAAAUUCAAAUGUAAAGGCUCUGAAGAGUACAGAACUAAGCUUGCUGGUCAGUGUAUAGUGGACAAAGAAUGCCCAGAGAAUUGCGUGUGUGAAGGGACCAUCAUCGAUUGCUCCAAGAAAAGAUUAAGGGAUAUUCCCAAUGACGUACCUAUGUUUGCUACAGAGCUGCGAUUAAACGACAACAUGAUAACCAAAGUAAAAAAUGAUGGAUUAUUCAAGAGAUUACCUAACUUAAAUAGGUUAGAUCUUCGUAAUAACGAAAUCUUAGAUAUUGAAGAUGGGGCAUUCCAAGGUGCAACGGGUUUAAACGAUCUUUUGCUGACUGAAAACAAGCUUAAAGAGAUAAGGCCGAAGAUGUUCGCUGGUUUAAAAAACGUGAAAACGUUAAUGCUCAGAACCAACCAGAUAACAUGCAUUACCAACGAUACAUUUGCCGAUUUAGAUUCAGUUCGUUUGCUCUCCCUAUAUGACAAUAGAAUAAAGUGUAUAAUGCCAGGAUCCUUCGAAAAACUACAUUCUCUGUCCACGCUAAAUUUAUUAGCCAAUCCACUUAAUUGUAACUGCCAUUUACGUUGGUUAUCCGACUGGUUGAGGAAGCAUAAGAUUGUAACUGGAAAUCCAAGAUGCCAAUCACCGAACACUCUGAAGGAUAUUCCUAUACAGGAUGUGGCACUUAAGGAUUUUACGUGCGAAGAUCAAGAUCUAUUGGAAUUCUGCGAUUUCGAAUCUCUUUGUCCAUCUAAGUGCGUAUGUACCGGAAAUGUUAUUCAGUGCAGCAGGCAGAAAUUAAGAUCUGUACCGAAAACCAUCCCCGUUACGGCAACAGAAGUAAUUUUAAGUUACAACAAGCUACAGUGCAUUCAAGAAGACAGUUUCAGAGGUUUAAAAUCUUUAAGGAUUCUAUCUCUUCAUGGAAACGAUAUCUCUUUCAUACCAGAUACGGCAUUUCAGGACUUAGUUGCCAUAACGCACAUAGCAUUAGGUGCCAAUCCACUUUAUUGCGAUUGCAGUAUGAGAUGGUUAUCCGACUGGAUUAAAAAGGAUUACAUUGAACCGGGUAUUGCCAGAUGUGCAGAACCUCAUUUAAUGAAGGAUAAAUUGAUACUAACGGCUCCUUCUAAUCACUUUGUCUGUGCAGGUUACAUACUUCAAUCGGCCUUCAUGAAUUACUUUAUAUGUGCGUGCCCAGUUGGAUUUUCUGGAGAUAACUGUUCUACUAAUGUGGACGAUUGUGUGGAAAAUAUGUGCCAGAAUGGUGCGACGUGUGUAGAUGGUGUCAACAGUUAUACAUGUUCGUGUUCAGAAGGAUAUGCAGGGACAUUCUGUGAAAUUAUGCCCAUGGUUGCCAUGUUGUAUCCUCAAACUAGUCCCUGCCAACAACAUGACUGUAAACACGGAGUUUGCUUUCAACCGAGUGGUGCUUCUGAUUAUAUCUGCAAAUGCUCGCCUGGAUUUACGGGAAAAAGGUGCGAAUCUCUAUCUAGUGUGAGUUUUCGUGAAGGAUCCUUUCUAGAGUUUGAUCCUCUUCAUACUAAACCAAAGUGCAAUAUCACAAUAACGUUUGCAACGCAGCAAGAUUAUGGUGUUAUGGUCUACAAUGGUGAAUUGCAACAUUUAGCAGUAGAACUCUUCCUUGGUAGGAUUCGAGUGAGCUACUAUGUUGGAAACUAUCCAGUUUCUACCAUGUUUAGUUACGCAACAGUUACGGAUGGUAAAUAUCACACGGUGGAAUUAAUUUUAAUUAAAAAGAAUUUUACAAUGAGAGUAGACGGAGGCAUUUCAAGAAGUAUCAUUAACGAAGGCCCUAAUGAGUAUCUAGAAGUGAGAAGUCCAUUUUAUAUCGGUGGAGUCGACGAAGACAUUGGUAAAAAGGCUCUGAAACAGUGGCAUCUUCGAAAUAUUUCAAGCUUUAAAGGUUGCAUGAAGGAAAUGUAUUUAAAUGGUAAGCAUUUAGAUAUUAUGGUGGCAAGAAGGCAACAAAGAGUUUCACCAGGAUGUUCCGAAUACGAUGAUCCAAAACCUUGCAAGAAUCACAUGUGCCAAAAGGGAAAUUGUGUACAAACAAAUAAACAUAGUUACGAAUGCCGUUGCCAUAAAGGUUGGAGUGGUCCUUUCUGCGAUCAAGCUCCUACAUGCCAGAAAGAGUUAUUUCGAGAAUAUUACGAAGAAAACGGUUGCAGAUCCAACAAAAAACUUAAAAUGUCUCAUUGUAUCGGUUCGUGUGGAGAUCAGUGCUGUAAACCACUCAGAACCAAACGAAGAAACGUUCGAAUGAUAUGUGAUAAUGGGAAAAAGUAUACCCUACUUUUGUAUACAUCUAACUUUUAA